GGCAAGGCUCUGGGAGGCAAUAAGCAGGCUGCUGUUCGCUGCAUUGACAACUGAAAAGCAUCGUGUCAGAUGGACCGAAUUGGAAUAACCUCCAGUAUCUGUCUCAGCUACAAAGCUAUCUUAAGAUGUAUUCGCAAACCCUUAUUAAUUUUCACUCUUCAAGGAUCAAAUAGAAGAAGCCACGAUUGAGGUGUAAAUGUUUGGGCAUCAGAGAGCCCAGUAUGAAGAAGACAGGCAGGCCGGUGGUGAGUAAGGCUCAGAGUGGAGAGAGGGGGAAGACUGAAGGCGCUGCUACAGGAAUCACAGGCAAGGCUGCAGCCAAGACCACCACAACGGCACCUCUGUCAAAGGUUAAAAGCAAUGAUGAUCUGCUAGCAGCAAUGGCAGGGGGCACUCCAGCUAUGACCAGCGCUGUGACCAAGAACAAGAGGACUGCCUCCACAGGGACCAGCAGUGGUAACCCAGACAGUAAACCAAAGACUAGCUCAAGUUCUUCAGCCAAACGUGUGACGUCCUCUACCUCCAAGGAGCCCAACUCGUCAAGGGACCGUCUGCGAACAUCCAGAACAUCGGCUAGUAAGAAGCAGUCAUUGUCAGGGACGGGGCAGGAGGAUGUGGCCCAGGGAAAGCGCUCUCGCACCCAGCAGCUGGCAGAGUCUGAGAGCCGCAUGAACAAGUCUAAAUCAGACAGCCAGAUCAGUGUCAAGGUGGCCCUGGAGACCAAGGUGAAAGACCUGCUGGGUUUGGCCAAGAGCAAAGACUUGGAGAUCCUGCACCUGCGCAGCGAGCUGAGGGACAUGAGGGCCCAGCUGGGCCUGGGAGGGGAGGAGGUUCCCACAGAGGAGGGAGGAGGAGGAGGAGGGGAGGAGGAGAAGCCACAGGAGAGGGAGGUGUCAGCCAUCACAGCAGCGGAUGUGGAGUCCACACUGCUUCUCCUGCAGGAGCAGAACCAUGCCAUUCGUGAGGAGCUGAACCUGUUGAAGAGUGAGAACCGCAUGCUGAAGGACCGGCUCAACGCGCUGGGCUUCUCCCUGGAGCAGAGGCUGGAUGGCUCUGACAAGUUCUUCAGCUACCCCUCCCUGAGCCCAGACCUGGCAGUCAGCAGCGGGCACAGUGAUGGCGGGGGCACUGGUACCCUCACCUCCUCUGUGGAAGGCUCUACCCCUGGCUCCUUGGAGGACCUGCUGACGGCCCAGCAGCACAGUGGUUCAGUGGACAACCUGGACAGUGAGUCCAGCGAGGUCUACCAGGGCGUCACCUCCAGCGAUGAUGCCCUGGACGCCCCCUCCGGAGCCUCGUCCUCCUCAGAGUCGGAGAGCGUGCCCAGGCGAGAGCGCUCACACCGGGGCAGCAGCAGCAACGCCAGCGAGGUGUCUGUGGCCUGCCUGACGGAGCGCAUUCACCAGAUGGAGGAGAACCAGCACAGCACGGCCGAGGAGCUGCAGGCCACACUACAUGAGCUUGCUGACCUGCAGCAGAUUACCCAGGAGCUGAACGGAGAGAACGAGAGGCUAGGGGAAGAGAAGGUAAUCCUCAUGGACUCCCUGUGCCAGCAGAGCGACAAGCUGGAGCACUACGGCCGGCAGAUUGAGUACUUCCGCUCUCUGCUGGACGAUCACCACGUGUCCUACGUCCUGGAGGAGGACAUCAAGAGCGGCCGCUACAUGGAGUUGGAGCAGCGCUACGUGGACCUGGCCGACAACGCCCGUUUUGAGAGGGAGCAGCUGCUGGGAGUGCAGCAGCACCUCAGCAACACGCUAAAGAUGGCGGAGCAGGACAACGCUGAGGCCCAGGAGGUAAUUGGGGCUCUGAAGGAGAGGAACCACCACAUGGAGCACAUCAUGGAGUCUGAGAGGCAGGACCGGGGGGCCAUGGUGGCAGCGCUGGAGGAGUACAAGGCAGCGGUAAGCUGUGAGCAGGUAGAGCUGAGCCGCUGCAGGGCCCAGCUGGACCAGGAGAGGCAGAAGGUGGCUGAGCUCUACUCCAUCCACAACUCUGGAGACAAAAGUGACAUCUGCCAGCUGCUGGAGGGGGUUCGGCUGGACAAGGAGGCGGCGGAGGCCAGGGCUGCCAAACUGCAGGAGGAGCUGAGCCACGCCCGCACUGAUGUCACCAGACUGCAGGACACCCUCAGUAAGCUGGAUCGGGAGUACCGGGACAUCCAGGAGCAGGAGCAGAAGCAAAUGGCAGAGCAGAAGCGUGGGCUGGAGAAGCAGCGAGUGGAGCUGCAGGAGAAGGAGACUGAGAUCGGGGACAUGAAGGAGACCAUCUUUGAGCUGGAGGACGAGGUGGAGCAGCACCGAGCUGUAAAACUCCACGACAACCUCAUCAUCACAGACCUAGAGAACUCUGUUAAAAAACUGCAGGACCAGAAGCGUGACAUGGAGCGGGAGAUUAAGAUUCUGCACCGGAGGCUGAGGGAAGAAUCGGCAGAGUGGCGUCAGUUCCAGGCUGAUCUGCAGACGGCCGUGGUCAUCGCUAAUGACAUCAAGUCGGAAGCACAGGAGGAGAUUGGGGAUAUGCGGCACCGUCUCCGCGAGGCCCAGGAGAAGAACGAGAAGCUUGGCAAGGAGCUGGACGAAGUCAAGAACCGCAAGCAGGAUGAGGAGAGGGGCAGGGUAUAUAACUACAUGAAUGCAGUGGAGAGGGAUCUGGCUGUACUGAGGCAGGGCAUGGGCCUGAGCCGUCGCUCCUCUACCUCCUCUGAGCCCUCUCCAACCGUCAAAACCCUCAUCAAGAGCUUUGACAAUGCCUCCUCACAAGGUACCCCAACCUGCGAGUGCCCAGUCCCCACGACCGCUGCACCUGCUGCUCCGACAGCACCUGCUGCCACAUUACCACGCACUCCCCUAAGCCCCAGCCCCAUGAAGACCCCUCCUGCAGCCGCCAUCUCACCCAUACAGAGACACUCCAUAACUGGGUCCAUUUCUGCACCCAAAACCCUCUCCUCUAUGAGUGACAAAAGGCCCAGCUACGCAGACAUCAGCAUGCCAGCAGAGCAUCUUCUCAGGGGCUCCUCUGCCAGCCGCCCUGCCUCUGCUCUCCAGAGGGUGUCCAACAUGGACUCAUCAAAGGCCAUGGCCAUCUCAGUGUCCCGCAGGAGCAGUGAGGAGAUGAAGAGGGACAUCUCUGCACCUGAAGGUGGCUCCUCCUCUCUGAUGGCCAUGGCCUCUGCUUCCUCCCUGUCCUCCUCCUCCCCCACCGCCUCUGUCACCCCCACCGCACGCAGCCGCCUCCGAGAGGAGCGGAAGGACCCCCUCUCAGCGCUGGCCCGGGAGUAUGGGGGGUCCAAGAGGAACGCACUGCUCAAGUGGUGCCAGAAGAAGACUGAGGGUUACCAGAACAUUGACAUAACAAACUUCAGCAGCAGCUGGAAUGACGGCCUUGCGUUCUGCGCUGUGCUCCACACCUACCUGCCUGCUCACAUCCCCUACCAGGAGCUCACCAGCCAGGAAAAGAGGCGUAAUUUCACACUAGCCUUCCAGGCUGCAGAGAGUGUGGGGAUCAAGUCCACUCUGGACCUCAAUGAGAUGGCCAGUACUGAGAGACCAGACUGGCAGAGUGUGAUGACCUAUGUCACAGCCAUCUACAAGUACUUUGAGACCUGAUGUGAUCUCUCCACCCAACAUGGCAAGCACAACCUGCAGUCCAACCUGCUAGCUCCUCUGACCUUAGCGCACCUCCAACACUUCAACUCGCCAUUCAACUCAGCUGUUAUGCCUCUGAGCCACCCUUCACCCCAACACCCAGCCAUGCCGCACACCGGCUGCUCUGUCUCUCGUCUAGACGUCUUCUAGUUUGAGUCACCAUAAGAAACGUAGAAAUAAGCUCACUGUUGACUUCCUAAAGCUAAUCAUGGAUAUUUCUAUGAUGAACAUUUUUCACUGACACGUUUAGUGUGAUGAACACAGCCUAAGGGCUCUUCAAGCACCUGUUCAGGGCCUGCUCUGUUUGGGAUGCUAUUUAUACUCUUAUCCAUUACUGGAUAACCCAUUUGAGGUGAUCCUCAGUGUCUGGUUAAACCAGUAUGAACUGAGCUACGAUAAGAGCCUGCAGAUCUACAAUAAGAGCCUGCAGAUCUACUAGCUCUACUCUCCUUGACCAGAGUUGGGGAACAUGCUACAGACUAUCCCAGCCUUUGUGCCUUGCACCUGGCUUUGAUUCUUCUAACCAAGUGGUUAUCCCAAAUGUUUAAGCCAAACCAUACCCAGUGUGCAGUGUGUCCACCCUAGGAAUCAUGGGACAAAUUUUCUAUGGAAAUCAGCCAAGGCAUUUUUUGCUCCAUUGUCUUCCUGACCCAUUAAACACUUUGUGAAGGGGCUUCUUCUAUUGUGGAUUAAGUGCCUGUUUGAUUUACAUCGCUGGAGGUUUACUAAGAGACGGUUGGAGCAACAAUUGCUCAAAUUAAACGUUUCAAUGCUCCAUUCCUUCAAAGCAGCUUUGGAGGAAUCUAAGUGAAGCUUUUUAGAAGUGAUUCUGCAGUUCUAUGAACACUAGCUACAUCAUAAGGGAAACGCUGUCAGGUGCUCUCUUGGUCACCUGUAAGAUUCAAGUUACAAUUUGAUGUGCUUUUGGACUAUUUUUAGGAGAGUGAUCAUUGCUACGUUAACAUCAUUUGUUUUGCUAACAGACACCAACUCAUAGAAAACAAUAGGCUAUACAGAACCAACACAAUGUCUCUCAGUGAUGGUUUUCUCAAGUAGAACUGUCUUAAUCCUGAACCAAAAAAGUAACUUGGUCAAGUGUCCUAUCUGUGUGAAGUCAAGGGCUAGACUUCCAAAAAGUAACUUGGUCAAGUGUCCUAUCUGUGUGAAGUCAAGGGCUAGACUUCCAAAAAGUAACUUGGUCAAGUGUCCUAUCUGUGUGAAGUCAAGGGCUAGACUUCCAAAAAAGUCCUAGCUCUUGGUGAUUUGAUUGUGGUAAAUGUUUCCCCAGCAUGUUGAGUCUCAGGGUUGGAUGUUCUCUUGUUGUUGUCAUCAAUCAUGAUAGGGGAAGAGUUUUUUUCAGAUGCAGAACGCAUCCGUUUUGCUGCUGGAGCCAAAUGUAUUAACACAUUGUUCGUUUUGACACAUUACUUCCACCAACAGCAGACUGAAACUCCCAAGAUUGGUCACAGUCCAGUUGUUCUGAACUGUAAGAUUUGUGUGUUAUUAGACCCUCUGAGCUCAACAAUGACUAAGUUAUUGUGUGUGUAACCUAACUCUGUGACUUGAUAUACUCCAUCUUGCCAGUAACAUUUAACAUGGGGUGGGGGAUACUAACUACAAGAGAUGCACAAGGAACUCAAUGGUACAUUUUAUAUUUGAGCUUUCUUUGUGUUAUCACUUGCCACCCAAUUGACUUUAUUGAUAAAGCUGUACUAACACUAAUCAUGUGUACAUCAAUUCUAUGUAGUUUACAUAGUCACCAAGAAAGAUAUUGGAAUGAAGAAUGACUGUGUUAUGCUAUUGAGCCUCUGCUUAUUGAAGUUUGUGUGGGUUAAUUAGCAUGGUUUAAUCCACCUCGGAGUGUAGUGAUGCAAGUGUUACAAAUGUUAAUGUAAUCUUCAUAUAAUGUGAAUCUAUGACUUUUCAUCACACUGCUGCACUGAUGUCUCUCCUAAACUCAUAAUGUAUGAUGACGAUUUGCCUUUCAUGUGGUCCCAACCACACUCCUGUAUCAUUUCAGAAUGGUACAGUAUGCAAUCGAUACUCCCUCGUUGGUGUACCAUUUUAGGCUUAGGCCCCCUUACGUCUAUGAUCGAACACACUCGCAUGUGACCAUAACUUUGUAGGGACAACAUUUUUCUGAAUAUAUUUAAAAGCACAUUUGCGCCUGUCUGCUUGCCAAGCCACCUUCCCACCAGCUGUACAGGUGCACUGCAUGGUGUUUGACAAAGCACAACUUGAAACACAAUUACUCGUUUUUUUUGUGUCGAUCAGUGUGGUUGGAGAGUAAGACUGGGCGGUUAAAUGUUGUGUUGGUGGUCUAUUGUAUGGAUAAACACUCAUUUGUGAGAGCGCAUGUGCUGUGACUGUAAUUAUUAUCAUUAUCAUGUAUGGUAUUUACUAUUGAACAGUGAGCACAGUAUGUCAACGCUAACUCGUCUAUUUAUGAUUCCCAUUGCUAUACUGCAACCCUGUCUUAAAUUUGAUUUGCAUUGGAUCCAAACACUAGUUGGUCUGCAAUUAUUCUAUUAUGUGAAGCUACUUCUUGCCAAGUGUUAAAAAUGGAAUCUCUUGAUCAUGUUCCAAUGGACAUUGGUAUUGAUAUAAGUGGUCCUUCAUGUUGUGAUCUAUGAGGACUGAAACCUUGCCCUAACAUUCUACUCAACUGUACAGUGUAGACAGAAUGUAGUUGACCUAUUAGAUAAUACAAUGUGUUAAAAUAUCAGGAUGCUACCAUCUUGACAUAUCAUUCACCACUGAAGAAUAUUGGUCUGAUUUUGCUUGAUUUCAUUCAAUAAGUUGCUCAUAUUUUCCAUGGCUUCUGCAUUUUCUUCUGUUUCUUUCUACACUACUUCACAAAAAAAAUGUGAAAAGAACUUUAAAGCAUGUUUUUAUUUUUACGGGUCCGUUAGAGGUAAUUCUGUUUACUUGAAAGGUUGAGGUUUUUCUAAGCUGCUUUCUUUUGGUUCUUAUUAAUGGUGCCUUUUGCCUACAAAUGUAUGUCAUUCUUGCCAGAGUUUUACUUGGUAAUAAGGAGGCCAAGAGGCCCAUGUUUCCUUUUGUCUCAUUCUGUCUCUAAAUCAUGAUUGCCACAAUAUGAAUUUCCAAUGGAGUGUCUUGAAUCAAAAUGUGUCCUGUUGAUUGGGUAAUGAUAACAUCAAGAGUAUGGUGUAGGGAAGUAAGCCAAAUGCACAUUAUGAUCAUCAACAAUUCGGUAAAAAAAAAGUAAAGGCUUAUCUGUAUUUAUAUUGUUUUGUUUGCAGACCAGUAAUAUUAAAGAAUCAUUGCAACAGGAA